CACGCUAACGUGCGAGAUCCAUAGACCCAACUGCGCGGUCGCAUUCCGCCCCAACUUCCCCUCUCCCAGCGGCCUGGUUUGAGAUGAGUGGAAGAUGUCGGUUUCGGGGCUGAAGGCCGAAUUGAAGUUUUUGGAGUCAAUUUUUGACCCAAACCACGAACGAUUCAGAAUAAUAGACUGGAAACCCGAUGAGCUUAGCUGCCAAUUCAAUGUAACAGGAGAAAAGCUGCUGAUCAUUCACUGCAACAUCACGGAAUCGUACCCCUCAACACCCCCAAUAUGGUUUGUUGACUCUGAUGACCCCAGUCUGGCUGAAGUGUUGGAGCGGUUAGACGAUGUGAGAAAAGGCAGCACAUUGCUUCUUCAGCAGCUAAAGCGUCUCAUUUGUGAUCUCUGUCGGCUCUACAACUUGCCCCAACAUCCAGAUGUAGAAAUGCUCGACCAGCCUCUUCCUGCUGGGCCAAUUACCCAAGAGCGAAAGCAGCAUGGGCCAGCAGAUGAGGUGACAUCUGAGGAGGAAGAGGAAGAAGAAAUGGGAGAGCAGGACAUUGAAGACCUGGACCAUUAUGAAAUGAAAGAGGAGGAACCGGCAGAUGGGAAAAAAUCAGAAGAUGACGGGAUAGAAAAAGAAAAUCUGGCCAUCUUGGAGAAGAUCCGCAAAAACCAGAGACAGGAUCACUUGAAUGGUGCAGUGUCUGGCUCAGUGCAAGCCUCAGACCGCCUAAUGAAGGAACUCAGGGAGAUCUACAGAUCACAGAGUUACAAGACAGGUAUUUAUUCAGUGGAACUAGUCAAUGACAGCCUUUAUGAAUGGCAUGUCAAAAUAAGGACGGUAGACCCAGAUAGUCCAUUACAUAGUGACUUGCAGGUCUUAAAGGAAAAGGAAGGGGUGGACUAUAUUCUGCUCAAUUUCUCUUAUAAAGAUAAUUUUCCUUUUGACCCACCUUUUGUACGGGUUGUUUCACCUGUGCUCUCCGGAGGUUACGUUCUAGGAGGAGGGGCCUUGUGCAUGGAGCUUCUCACAAAACAGGGCUGGAGCAGUGCCUAUUCCAUAGAAUCUGUUAUUAUGCAGAUAAAUGCUACCCUUGUCAAAGGAAAAGCCAGGGUGCAGUUUGGAGCCAAUAAGAACCAGUACAAUCUUGCCAGAGCACAACAGUCAUACAAAUCCCUUGUGCAGAUUCAUGAAAAGAAUGGCUGGUACACACCUCCAAAAGAGGAUGGAUAACGAGCUACUACCACUAUGCACUGGGAACAUAUGUCUUUGGGUCAAAAUAUCUUGUUUUCUUUGGAAUAUUUCCCCCCCUCUGACUUGUUGGGAAUAUAUCAUCUUUCUCGUGGAAACCAGCUGGCAAAAUUCUUCCAUCUCGUUGGCUCGACAGACAAGUAUUCCUUCGCUCCACCGUGGGCAAGACUUCACUCUGGUAUCACCUCUCCCCUCAGUGUUUUGCUGAGGAGAAUGAUGUGAUGGUAUCAGUAGUCCUAUUUCUCUUUAAAUAUGCUCAUUUGUCUUUUCCUCCCUUUAAAUGUGGGGAAUUUUUUUUUCUAUUCCCCUUUAGCUGCUUUGACAAAGCGGGCUUGAUAAACAAUCAGUUCUCCCUUUUAAAUGGGAAUUUUAAAAGAAGAUGGAUACUGAAGCUCUUGAAGUGGCACCUCACCACAACUGUUUUUAUAGGCAGUGCCCCCCCCCCCCCCCCCCCCCCCCCCCUCCCCUUUUUGAAAAUUUACAGGUACACAAUGCAGAUAUUGUUAAUGAAAAUAUUAUUCAGCAAAAUAUGUUAGUGGAUUGUUGAACUUCCCAGACAAUAAAUGAGCCAGUUCCAUACUUGGAAGCGUGUCUUUAAAGUGAGAUAGCUUACAGCUCAGCAUCUUCUAGCUCCUAGUUUUAACGUAAAACAGCAAGUAUUAUUGGGCUAAGCAAAAUUAAAAUGUUAUAAUGGUGUUGAACUGAGAUUAAUGGUAAAUGGUCAACUAAGGGCCAGUGGAUGUCCCAGAAUACAGUCAGUAUAGCUCAAUGUGAGGGCAUGGAAAAGCUUUCAUGGGAAAAGGAAAACAUCCAUAGUAUGGAAUCUGGUCUGGAGGAUCUGGAAGACAAACGUUAAAGCAGAUGAAGUCUUUUGCCUUAUUUCUAUAAACACACAGGCCCAGAAAGUGCUCAGUUUGGCUAUGGGUCUUUCUACUGAUUACAGCUACAGAGAAGGAUGGUUAGUUUGAUGAUGAGAAUGAGGCCGUGGAUGUGCACCAAGUUGUUAACAGCUUGCACAAGGGCCUGUUGAGGACCACUGUUUCUGGAUACUGCGUAGAUUUGAUGACAAAGUCACUCUGUUAAACAGAGCCAUGAUAGGAUGGGCUUUUAAAAAGGAAAUAAAUGUUUAAGAUGUGUGAUUUUAAUUGUACCCAUUCCUGCAGCAAAUUUUAACUAUAGUUUCUCAAUAUAUAUUGAUUGUACUGCUUCAACCCUGCCCAGUUUACAUUUGAAACUACCUUGUCACAUAACAUUACAUGCAAUGGGUUCAUCCCGUACCAUGUAGCUCCUCGCAUUACUCUGCUGUCUCCUGGAGUGUGGAACCUUUUCAGUUAGGAGCUAUAAGGACAUCAUUUGUCAGGGCUUUGUUUGCUACCAUAAUAUACCAAGGAUGUGUAUAGGUGUCGGUGUGUAAUAACAACUAGGCUAAUCUGAAUGCCCAUAUUAAACUGUUUGACCACGCGAUACAGUACAAGAUCAGCACUAUUGUUUCCCCAGACCACAGGACGAGCACUGUAUCAGCCUAUUGGAUCUUUUGCAGUUUUAAUCUGAACACUGUCUGCAAAAGUACGUUUGAAUGACAACUCAGGUAACAAACAAAUACUUAAGUGGGGAGUAUGUACAUGAAAAUGUUCAGUUAUAGUUUAUUUUAUUGAUGAAUUAAUGCUCUGUACCUCUGAAGUUUAGACUUAUCCACUCACUGAGCUGGUUGUUGUCAAAAAACAAACAAAAAACAUCUCUAAUGAGCUUUACCUUGUUAUGGGUUACAUUCUGACUGAGGUUUCUAACAAACGUCAUGCAGUGAGAGGGAGGGCGUUUACUUACAGACCAUCAGUUUCUGUUGAAAGAUCACAUUUAGCAAGACUGCGGCUCCAUGAGAUGGCUCAUCAGUACCCGCUGUAGUAUUUUGUCUUUAUUCUCCCUAAUACUGAAGUACGUUUGUUUUUCAGAGUGUGGGUUGUCUUUAGUUUGUCCUGAUUCUGAACAUAUUUGCUCAGAUGAUGAGAUUGUUGCUGUAGAUAUCCGCACAGUAAUGAAUAAGUUGUAAGGUAAAUAUUUUCAAAUCAGGAUAAAUCUGUUUCACUGCAUCAUGUUCUUACAUGUUUGAAAUAUCUAGGGUGCAGACAGGACAUAGUUAUUGGGUAUCAUAAAUAGGAAUUAUCCUCACGUCCACAGGGGCUACAUUGUCCAGUACGGCACAGAAAAGAUGGAAGGUUAACUUGUGCGUCCCUUAAGGUUUAUGCAUAAAACCUCUUACACACCUGUGUUAUUGCCUCCUUGCAAAUGCCAAAUGUCUGGUCAGAGGGGACAUUAAGAGAUCAUUCAAGUUUGAUAGUAAUGCCGUGGUGAAUAGAUUUGCACGCUUCUCUUUAACUGGACAGUAUAUUGAAAAGGUUCAUCUAUCUCAAUUGUGAAUUCAUUUUCUGGCACCAACAAAUGGUUGACAGAUUAUCAAGUCUGGCACUGUUGGCAUGCUUUUUUUUUUUUGUUUUUGUUUUUAAUUUUCCAUUUAAAGAAAUUUUGACCAUGUACAGUAAUUUGUAAACUUGCAUCAAGUUUAUGAAUAAAGAAUUUUACGAUUA